UCUCGAUCAAAGACUAAAGUCUUUGACCUCGAUAUUUGAAAGUGUAUAAGAAUAUAUGAUACAAUCCAUUUAUAAGCAAAAAUGAAUGUUACAAUAAAGCAAAAAAUAAUAUUAUUUAAUCUUUUAAAAGAGAAUGCAGAAUUAGUUAGGGGUCGCAUAGACCGAAAAGGAGAAAGUAAACGAAAAUUAAAGGAUAUGUGGAAUGUGAUAGCCGAAAAUAUUAAUAAAGCUAACGAAGGUCCUGAAAAAAAUGGACAAGAAUGGGCAAAGACAUGGGAAGAUAUUAAGGCAUAUAUUUUUAAAAAAGAAGCAAAAAGACGGAGUUAUGCACAAGGAACAGGUGGUGGACCGCCUUCGAAAGUAUCUUUUUCUAGUUUUGAUGAAGAUGUAUUACAGUUGUUGACGCCAGAAGCAGCCGGAUUGGAAAACAUCCCAGAAGGAGGAUUAAUUAAUAUUGUAGAAGAAGUACAACCUUUACAAGAAUGUGAUUAUCAAAAUACAAUGCAAGAACAAGACAUACAAUGCUCAGUAAUAGAAACAGAUGAGAUAGAAAAUGUAUCAACGAAUGUUAAUAUAAGGCAGCAUAGUAGAAAAAAUGAAACAGUAACACAGGAAAAGAAUACAAGAAAAGGUGGCCAAAUGGCU